GGUUCCACACGUGCAAACAAGCUUGAAAAGUUUCUCUGCUAACCAGUGCUACAUAAACCCUCAGAGUUCCAUAUAAGUUACUGGAAUACACCAUGGUGAAAUCGAAGAAAGCAGCUUUAGAGUUAGCGAGAUCAUCGGGUCACAAAAAAACAAGAGAAGUCACAAACAAUCCUUUUGAAAUACAUACAAAUAGACGAAAACAUGAUAUCUUGGGAAGGAAGCUUAAACAUGAUAAGGGCUUACCCGGGAUUUCAAGGUCAAAAGCUAUAAAGAAGAGGCAAAAGACACUCCUGGUGGAGCACAAGCAAAAAAAUAAGGCAAACAUGUUUAUUGAUCGCCGGUUUGGUGAAUAUGAUGAAAAAAUGUCACUGGAAGAGAAGAUGUUGAAAAGAUUUACAAUGGAAAAAAAGCAUCACCAUGAUCGGCAUGGAAAGUACAGAUUGGAGGACGAAGAGCUGACUCACUUAGGACAAUCACUUGGUGAUAUUGACAAGUUUGAAGAUGUGCAGCUGAGUGAUGAUGAUGAUGAUGAUGAUAUGGACAAGUCCGCAGAAGCUGAUCAUGUUAGAGAGUUGCAUUUUGGUGGUUUUCUCACAAAGAAAAGAGCAGAUGAUGAGCAGACUUCAGGAAAACACAAGAGCAAGAAAGAGAUCAUGGAGGAAGUGGUUGCCAAAGCAAAGAUCAAAAAGCAUGAGCGGCAAAUGGCCAAAGAAGAGACAAUCACCUUAACAGACAAGCUGGAUCAGGAUUGGAAGAACGUCAAGAAUCUAAUUUCACUAAAGAGGCCACACACUGAAGAGGUUGUUUCCAAAGUAGAUGAUUACGACAUUGCUGUCAAACAGUUGGCUUUUGAAAUUAAAGGGAAAGCCACUGACAGACUGAAGUCAGAACAUGAGAUUGCCAAAGAAGAACAGGAACGAUUGGAAAAAUUAGAGCUUGAGCGUCAACGUAGAAUGAGAGGUUUACCUGCUGUGGCUGAGAAACCAAAGCAUAUAUCAGCUGAUGACCUUGGUGACAGUUUCACACCUGCUGUAGAUGAAAGAUUCAUGCUUAGUUACCAAGAUGGAUCAGUACAUGAUAUGGAAGAUGAAGAAGAUGAGGAUCAGAUAAGAAGAGAAGCUGAAAACAGUGAUGAAGAAUCUGAGGUAGAUGGGAAGGAAGAGGAAGAAGAGGAAGGGGACAAUUCUGCUGCUGGCGAUGAUAAUGAUGAUGAUGAUGAUGAUGAUGAGGAGGAUCAAGAUAGUGAAAGCUGUGAAGAUGAUAAUGGUUCUGACCUUGAAUCAGAUGUUAGCAAUGAUGGUAUGGAAGAUGAGUCCGACUCUGAAAUUGAAAUACCAGGAAAUCAACAGCAACAACAAAACAAUGUGCAAAAAGAAAAGACUGAGGCAGAGGUUGUUGAGCCAACAAAAGAAGAACUACCUUUUACUUUUAAAGCACCAAAAUCUCUUCAAGAAUUUAAGGAACUCAUAAAGGACUGGUCAUUUAAGCAACAGUUAACAAUCAUUGACAGAAUCAAGGCAUGCCAUAAUCCCAAGAUUACCCCUGCAAAUAAACCAAAGAUGGAGGUUUUGUUCACCAUUUUGUUGGAUUAUGUCGGUGAACUCUCCCAGAUGGGUCCUGAAGGAAUCAAGAUGAUUGAUGAGCUGUCAAGACAUCUCUUUGAUGUAUCCCAGUACUCUCCGGUACACUCCGCCAAGUGCAUGCAACAGAUUGUAGAGGAUAUACACAAGAAAUUCACCCAGAAUUGCGACAAACAAGGCAAGAGUGCUUAUGCGAGCAUUCAGUUGCGCUUAAAUGAUGUGUCGAUUUUCACAGCUCAGCUUGUUCUCCCGUUUAAACACAGCAGCAAAUGGCGCGACCUUCUCAAACUUCAGUCAGAUUCAAGUUCUUUGACCGUCAAGCCCUUACCGCUGACGACUCUGGGAGAAAGCACGGCAGAUGUACAGACGACAGAUGAAACAAGGGUUAACUCAGUCAACCAUUGCUUGUCCAUUUUGCAAAAAUUUGUUGAUUUGUACCAGGACUUACCCGCAAGUUUUGAGAUAUUUGCUCCUGUGAAAGAACAUUUACAAAGAAUACCUUCAGAUCUUUAUCCUGCUUCUGUUCAGGAAAUUUACCGCAACCUUCAAACGAGAACAAAUGAACUCUUCACCAAGAGCCUAAAUCGUAACCAUCUCACGUUACAAGCGCGUAAACCGGAACCUAUCAAGACAUACGAACCAAAGUUUGAGGAGCAUUACGAGGUUCGAUCAAGGAGAGGUACCGGGAACAAAGCAACGAACGAAAAGCAGAAGCUACGAUACAAAUACAAGAGAGAAUUUAAGGGCGCUAUAAGAGAAAUAAGAAAGGAUAACCAGUUCCUAGCGAAACAAAAGCUGAAAGAACAGUUAGAGAGGGACACAGAACGUUUGCGUAAAGUCAAGCAAAUUGAACACAUGUUGUCCAACCAGCAAGCGGAAACCAACGCCAUGAACCGGAAGAAGAGAAAACGGGGAAAGUAAUAAGAGAAUAAACGUGAACCGAACUGGCUGGUCACGUGUUCUCGUGGCGUCUCACUCGGCGAUGGACUCUCCGUGAACCUCCGAUACGAAAUUAACUUAAUGACGAUUUGUCUUCUUCAGUCGCCGUGAUUUUUAUUCUCUGUCUUGGAUCAUUCAGCAGCCUUAUUGACCACAACCGAAAAGCUACAGACAGUUUGAACAACCAUUGGGUUCCAUUUAAAACGAUGGGUUUUUUUUUAUUCAUCCAUACAGUAUUUAGAUUCGAGCAUAGACUUGGGGCAACUCAACAGUCGCCUCCAACAGGAAUCGAUCGAUGGUCCCAUUAGGCAGUGAGCUAAAAAGUUAUGAAAUAAAAUUAUUCUGAACAGCUUAAGAGAUCAUUCUGAUCAA